AUGAACAAGGCUCUUCCCACAAAGGAAGCACCAGCUCGCUUGGUGAUCUCUACUCCCAGGCCAUUCCCAUACAAGAGUAACCAAGCAGUACCCUGGAAAUAUGAAUGUGAAGCGUAUGUCGAAGGAAGCGCCAGCAAUAUAGCAGGGGUAAAAGGGAUAACUCGAAGUGGCAGGGUGUAUACGCCAGAGUCCUCUAAAACAAAUCGACAGAAUGCAGGGGAACCAGAUAGGGCAGUGAAAAGUCCAAUAUCCAACGGAGAGGCUGAAGAAUUCCUGAAGAUAAUAAAGCAUAGCGAGUACAACAUUGUGGACCAACUAAAGAAAAUGCCGGCUCACAUAUCUGUUUUGUCGCUUCUACUAAAUUCAGAGACCCAUCGGGAGGCAUUACUUAAAGUCCUAAAUCAAGCCUACAUUCCCCAAGAUAUCAGCGUUGAUAAAUUCAAUCAUGUGAUCGGAAGUCUGGCGGCCUCCAACUACAUCACUUUUACUGAUGAAGAAAUUCCACCAGAAGGCCAGGGGCACAACAAGGCGUUGCAUAUAUCCACGAAAUGUAAGGAUCAUAUGAUGUCUCGAGUCUUGAUAGAUAAUGGGUCAUCCCUCAAUGUUAUGCCAAUGACUACACUGCAGAGGUUACCCAUUGAUCCUUCUUAUGUGACACCAAACAAUUUGGUGGUGCGUGCCUUCGAUGGAACACGAAGAGAGUCAGUAGGGUCGCUUGACAUCCCUAUUCAGAUUGGACCCGUCACCUUCAAUAUCACUUUUCAAGUCAUGGAUAUUACACCUUCAUACAGUUGUCUCUUGGGAAGGCCUUGGAUACAUAAUACUGGGGCAGUUCCGUCUUCUUUGCAUCAGCGAGUGAAAUUUGUAGUAGGGGAUAAACUGGUAUGUGUUUAUGGAGAAACCGACAUAAUGGUUACUAAAUCUUCUUCCACUCCCUAUGUGGAAGCGGCUGAAGAAGCCCAUGAAGAUUCAUUCCGAGCGUUUGAGAUCAUCAACGUCCUUACUAUAAUGGAGGGAUCUGUUAUCCCUCAACCUCAGAUCUCUUCUUCUACACGAAAAGGGUUGGGGAAGUAUCUUCAGGGCAUCGCAAUGCCAUUGUUACCAGAAGGCAUGAAUGAAAGAUACGGCAUCGGAUAUACUCCUACUUUAGCUGACCAUAAGAAGAAGGCAGAAGAGAAAAGAAUGCUCCGGAUCGAGAGGCGCACAGGGAGAGUAAGUACUAAAUGGGGGGUAGAAGUCCCACCAAUGAAUCAGACCUUUCGAAAGGGCAAUCAAGUCACUCUUGAGGAAGAAAUGAAACAGAUGAGCAUAUUGGCCUUGGAAUCAGGGGACCAUAUGAAUGACUCGAGUAGAUGGAUCUACCCAUUGACAGGAGCAGAAAUUCAGAACUGGACAUCUUUUGAUUACCCAAUUCACUUCAUGGAUAAGGAAAAUAAUCAUACCAGUAUUCAGGAGCCAGAAAUUGAUGUUAACUUUGAAAACUUAAUCUUAGAAGCUGAAAUAGAAGAGGAGACUGACUUAUCACCUGAAAUGCAAAGAAUGUUGAAAUCAGAUGAAAAGCCAACUUUAACCAGUAGUGACCCCACGGUCGCAAUAAAUUUGGGGACUAAUGAGGAACCAAAAGAAGUAAAAAUUGGGGCACUAUUGGGAGGAAAGGAAAGAUGCGAAAUGAUAAACCUUCUGAAGGAAUACCAAGAUGUUUUCGCAUGGUCAUAUCAGGACAUGCCGGGUUUGGAUACGGACUUAGUAACACAUAAAAUACCCAUUUACCCAGAUAGCAAACCGGUAAAACAGAAACUGAGGAGAAUGCGCCCAGAUAUGUUGAUCAAAAUAAAAGAAGAGGUUGACUAUCGAGACUUAAAUAAAGCUAGCCCUAAAGAUAAUUUCCCACUUCCACACAUAGAUGUGCUGGUAGACAAUACGGCGGGACAUGCACUGUUUUCAUUUAUGGAUGGAUUUUCUGGAUAUAAUCAAAUUAAGAUGGCCCCGGAAGAUAAAGAGAAGACCACGUUUAUCACCUUAUGGGGCACCUUUUGCUAUAGGGUUAUGCCCUUUGGUUUAAAGAAUGCAGGGGCAACCUAUCAGAGAGCCAUGGUAACGUUAUUCCACGACUUGAUGCAUAAGGAGAUAGAAGUAUAUGUGGACGACAUGAUUGUUAAGUCUCAGGAUGAGUAUAGCCAUGUGAUGAACUUAAGGAAGCUAUUUAAAAGGCUACGAAAAUGUCAACUGAAAUUAAAUCCAGAAAAAUGUACAUUCGGAGCUUCUUCAGGAAAAUUGUUGGGAUUUAUCGUAAGUGAGAAAGGGAUUGAAGUAGACCCAGAUAAAAUAAAAGCUAUUCGAGAAAUGCCUAGUCCCAAAACUGAAAAAGAAGUCAGGAGUUUCUUAGGCCAAUUGAACUACAUAGCUCGAUUUAUAUCUCAGUUAACUGCUACUUGUGAACCCAUAUUUAAGCUGCUGAAGAAGGAUAACCCCGAAAAAUGGAGUGAAGAAUGUCAGAAAGCUUUUGAUAAAAUAAAAGAAUAUCUAUUGAACCCUCCAGUUUUGGUUCCCCCUGUACCUGGAAGGCCUCUUAUAUUGUACUUAGUAGUAUCAGAGAAUUCCAUGGGGUGUGUGUUAGGACAACACGAUGAGUCUGGAAGAAAGGAGCGCGCCAUCUAUUAUUUAAGCAAAAAGUUCACGGAAUACGAAUCUAGGUACUCUAACCUGGAGAAGACGUGUUGUGCUUUAGUGUGGGUGGUUAGUAGAUUAAGGCAAUACACGCUGUAUUACACAACAUGGCUGAUUUCUAAAAUGGAUCCGAUUAAGUAUGUUUUCGAGAAACCUGCAGUAACAGGACGGAUGGCUCGUUGGCAAAUGCUGUUAACUGAAUAUGAUAUUACAUAUGUGACGAGAAAAGCCGUCAAAGGGAGCAUUAUAGCAGAAUAUUUGGCUGAUAGGGCCGUUAAUGAUUACCAAUCCAUGGAGUUUGACUUCCCGGAUCAAGAUAUUGAUUCAAUUGAUCAAGAAAAGGAAGGUAAUGUUGGGUGGAUGAUGCUAUUUGAUGGGGCGACCAACGUAUGGGGGCAUGGAAUAGGGGCUAUACUCAUAUCACCAGAGGGUAAAUAUUACCCAGUCACAGCCAAACUCACCUUUCCGUGUACCAAUAAUAUAGCAGAGUAUGAAGCGUGCGUAUUGGGCUUACAGGCGGCUAUUGACCGAGGCAUUAAAAAAUUGAUUGUAAAAGGAGAUUCCGCUUUGGUAAUUUAUCAGUUGACUGGAAAGUGGGAAACCCGGGAUUCCAAAUUAAUACCAUACCAGGAGUUCAUUCAGGAAAUGAUGCAGGAAUUCGAUGCCAUCAGUUUUUCGCAUUUACCGAGAGAGAGCAACUUAAUCCCUGAUGCGCUAGCAACAUUGGCGGCUUUAUUUAAGGUUGAGUCCGGAAUAGAGAUUGAACCCAUUCGAAUAAGGAUGCAUAGGGAGCCAGCAUAUUGUAUAAUGACAGAAGAAGCUGAUGGAAAGCCAUGGUUUCAUGAUAUCAAAACAUACAUUCAAUGGAAGGAGUAUCCCAUAGGAGCCUCUAAUAAUGACCGAAAGACAAUUCGGAGGCUAGCUAUGGGAUUCUUCUUAGAUGGGGAGAUAUUGUAUAAAAGGAAUCAUGAUAUGACCCUCCUACGGUGCGUGGAGUUGCAAGAGGCAAGACAAAUCAUACAGGAAGUACACGACGGUGUUUGUGGGACCCAUGCAGGACGACACUCGUUAGCCCGAAAAAUCCUAAGGAGUGGAUACUAUUGGAUAACCAUGGAACGGGAUUGUAUGGAGUAUGUUCGAAAGUGCCAUAAGUGUCAAAUCUAUGGAGAUCGCAUACAAGUCCCACCCACUCAACUCCAGGUUUUAUCUACACCUUGGCCUUUCUCAGCAUGGGGCAUGGAUGUGAUCGGAUCGAUAACCCCGAAGGCCAGUAAUGGGCAUCGAUUCAUUUUUGUGGCCAUUGACUACUUCACAAAAUGGGUAGAAGCAGCAUCAUACUCUAAUGUCACUCAAAAUGUAAUCAAUCGUUUUCUCAGGAGAAAAUUAAUUUGCAGGUAUGGGAUCCCAGAAAGGAUAAUAUCAGACAAUGCUAAAAACUUGAACAAUGAGGUCAUGACAAAAUUAUGCAGUCAGUUCAAGGUCAAGCAUCAUAAUUCAGCCCCCUAUCGACCCCAAAUGAAUGGAGCAAUGGAAGCCGCCAAUAAGAACAUCAAGAGCAUUUUGGAAAAAAUGACAGGGACCUAUAGAGAUUGGCAUGAGAAGUUACCUUUCGCUUUAUUGGCCUAUCGGACCACUGUUCGAACAUCUACGGGGGCUACCCCUUUCUCUUUGGUAUAUGGAAUGGAGGCUGUAAUUUCGAUAGAAGUUGAGAUUCCAUCAUUACGAGUCUUAAAAGAAGCAGAGUUAACCGAAGCAGAAUGGGUGCAAUCUAGAUAUGACCAAUUGAAUCUAAUUGAAGAAAAAAGAUUGACAGCUAUAGUUCAUGGGCAGUUAUACCAAAGGAGAAUGAUGAGAGCUUUUAAUAAGAAAGUGCGUAUUCGACGGUUUCAAGAAGGAGAUCUAGUUUUGAAAAAUAUUUUACCAAUUCAUAAUGACCCCCGAGGUAAGUGGACCCCAAAUUAUGAAGGGCCGUAUGUGGUAAAGAAAGCAUUUUCAGGAGGUGCCUUAUUAUUAUCAGACAUGGAUGGAGCCGAUCUGGUGCACCCCACAAACUCAGAUGCGGUAAAGAAAUAUUUUUCUUAG